UGGGGGCGGUGCACAGCCCCUUCCUCAGACUCCGGCCCAGCUUGCGCGAUCUCCACAGCGGCUUCUGAGGCGACCCGCAGAGUGCGUCAGGAUGGCCGAGGAAAAGAGUGAAAAACUAGUGAUGGAGGAAACUGCGUAUGAAGAAAUAGAAAGGGAUUUUCAGGAGGUUCUCAGCGAACUUACAGGGGACAAAAGUUUGGAGAGAUUUAGGGUUGAAUAUGAGAAGCUUCACGCUGUCAUGAAAAAGUCUUAUGACAAUGAAAAGCGUCUGAUGGCCAAGUGCAGAGAGCUGAAUGCGGAGAUCGUGGUUAAUUCUGCGAAGGUCGCCACUGCCCUGAAGCUCUCUCGGGAUGAUCAGACCACCAUCACAUCCCUGAAGAAGGAAAUUGAAAAGGCUUGGAAGAUGGUGGACUCAGCCUAUGGCAAAGAGCAGAAGGCAAAGGAGACGAUUCUUGCCCUGAAAGAGGAAAUAGUGAACCUAAGCAAACUAGUCGAGCAAGGGUCUGGACUCUCCAUGGACCAGGAUAGCAAUAUCCGAGAUUUGCUGAAGUUCAAAGAAGAAGUGACAAAGGAGCGAGACCAACUCUUGUCAGAAGUGGUGAAAUUACGAGAGGCCUUAGCUCAGACCACUGAACAGCAACAAGAAAUGGAGCGGUCCAGGGAAGAGGCAGAGCAGACCAUCAGUCAGUUCCAACAAGAAAUCCAGCAACAUCAGAACGAAGCUUUGCGGGAGACUCGGAAGAAGGAAAAACUAGAGAAAGAGCUCAAGCAGAUUCAGACGGACAUGGACAGCAGGCAGACAGAAAUCAAGGCCCUGCAGGAGUACGUGCAGAAGAGCAAGGAGGAGCUUCAGAAGCUGGAGCAGCAGCUGAAGGAGCAGAAGAUACUGAAUGAGAGAGCUGCAAAGGAGCUGGAGCAGCUUCAGACAAGAAAUGCUAAACUUCAGCAAGAAAACGAACAACGUAGUUUGAUCUGUGAGCAGCUAUCCCAGGAAAACCAGCAGAAGGCGUUGGAGCUCAAAGCCAAAGAGGAAGAAGUCCAUCAGAUGCGCCUUGACAUUGGGAAGCUCAACAAAAUCAGAGAACAAAUCCAUAAGAAAUUGCACCACAUUGAAGGUCAAAAGGGAGAAGUGGAACAGCACAAGGAAACCCUGAAAAAUCAGAUCUUGGGAUUAGAGAGAGAGGUGGAGGCUUCUAAGAAACAAGCAGAACUUGAUAAGAAAGCAAUGGAUGAGCUUCUGAGAGAAAGGGACCUAUUGAAUAAGAAUAUGCUUAAGGCGGUCAGUGCAACCCAGAAACAGAUAGACCUGGUAAAGCUCCAUGAACAAGCCAAGAGAAACCUGGAGGAAGAAAUCCAGAACUAUAAAGAAGAGGCUCAGAAGCAGAGAAAGAUUAUCUUUCAACUGGAAAAGGAGCGAGAUCGGUACAUCAGUGAAGCCAGUGACCUUACCCAAAAGGUCCUCAUGAACAUGGAAGGCAUAAAAGUCCGUGAAAUGGAGAUUUUUGACUACAGGAAAAAAAUCGCUGAAUCAGAGACUAAAUUAAAACAGCAACAGAACCUGUAUGAAGCUGUGCGGUCAGACAGGAAUCUGUAUAGCAAAAAUCUGGUUGAAGCUCAGGAUGAAAUAACGGAAAUGAAUAGAAAAUUAAAGAUUAUGACUCAUCAGGUAGAUCAAUUGAAAGAAGAAAUCUCAGCCAAGGAGUCAGCACUUGUGAAGCUACAUCUGGAACAACAGCACAUAGAAAAGGAGAAGGAAACGUUGAAGGCUGAGCUGCAGAAGCUGAGACAACAAGCAUUGGAGACCAAACACUUCAUUGAAAAGCAGGAAGCCGAAGAGAGAAAACUCCUGCGAAUCAUUGCCGAGGCUGAUGGGGAGAGGCUGAGACAGAAGAAGGAGUUAGACCAGGUCAUCAGCGAGAGAGAUAUCCUUGGGUCACAGCUAGUCCGGCGCAAUGAUGAGUUGGCUUUGCUCUACGAGAAGAUCAAGAUCCAGCAGUCCGUGCUGAAUAAAGGCGAGAGCCAGUACAACCAGAGGUUGGAGGACAUGAGAAUCCUCAAACUUGAGAUCAAGAAGCUUCGCUGGGAAAAGGGGAUUCUUGCCAGGAGUGUGGCUAAUGUUGAUGAACUCAGGCAGGAGCUUUUUCACACGCAAAGGGAAUUCUUGAAGGAGAGGACAAGAUGCCGAGCCCUGGAGGAGGAACUGGAGAACCCCAUGAAUGUGCACAGAUGGAGAAAGCUCGAGGCCAGUGACCCCAGUACCUUUGAGCUGAUACAGAAAAUUCAUACCCUGCAGAAGCGUCUCAUCAGCAAGACAGAAGAGGUGGUUGAAAAAGAGCUGCUCCUUCAGGAAAAGGAGAAACUGUAUGUGGAACUAAAGCACAUCCUGGCCCGGCAGCCUGGGCCUGAGGCUGCAGAGCAGCUACAGAUCUACCGCCACACGCUGCGGGAGAAGACCAAGCAGCUUAAAGUUUUGUCUUCAGAACUGAAUAUGUAUGAAUCGCAGAGCCAAGAAUAUAAGUAUGAGAUCGAGAAACUUAGCAAUGAACUGCUGAACUUAAAGAAGAAAUACCUUGCUCAGAAACGUAAAGAAUACAUUCAGAAGAACAAGGACAGAAUAGGCAUGGAGAAUGCCUUCUCAAUGGCCAAACUAACUGGCCCUCGUUUUACGGGGGGUGGAUUUCCCCUCAGCAAGUCAUCCAAGAUGAAGUCCUAACUCCGAGCUGCUGGCUGGGUCCAGUUGAACAGCUCACGAAAUUCACUCUGGAACAUUUUGGAGGAAUCUCUUUGAAAUCCCUUGGAUCACAGACAUUUAGGGAAAUCAGUCCUCAGAUUCCAGGAUGGAAAGAAAUGCAGAACUAUUAUAGUCAUGUACAUAUAAGAGUGAUGACAUUCUACAUAGUCCACAUGGAUAUUAACAGAGUGUAAUUAUAUCUGUUCAAUUAGGCCAACCCAUUCCAUGAAGCAGAUCUUUUGUUACUACCACAUUG